AUGCCCAAGUCAAAGAUGCAUACGUUGAGGAAGCUUGUCAGCCACGUCGGACCCAAGCGCGUCCAAGAACCAGACGACGACCUCCUCAUGGUCGGCAAGUCCGAAGUGCCAGUUUCCCCUCUGGACCAGCCGCCGGCGCACCUGGUGCAAUCCAUGAACAACCGUCCUCGCAACCCGCCGUCCCCACCAUCACCUCGCCACAGCACCAACCAACACCACACCAACGCUCCCACGGCGGCCGGCGGAGCCAAGCGCACCGACAGCCCGCCCAGGACGCCACCGCAGUCGUUCCGCAGCGCCGACAGCCUCAGCCUGAACGGCUACCGUCGCUCGCCCGCCCCGGAGCCCAUCAUGGAGGUCGACGAGGUCGACGACGGCUUGCCGCUGGACGGCGGUGCCGCGCGUGCGUCCUGGUCGACUGGCACCGUGGAGAUGGGGGGCUCGCCGGCAGGGUCGGAAGAGUCUAUUGGCAAUGCGGCUGGUGCACCCGUCGACAAGACCGCCGGGCCGGUUGAGGCGACGGCGAGGAGUGCAGGCGGGAACAGGAAGAAGACUGCGGGGAGGAGGACGUUUACUGCGUAUAGCCCGGAUAGGGCGGUUAACAUGCAGGCUAGGGCACAGCUUUAUACCUGUAUUUCAUGA